GGGCUGUUAACAUACGGGACAUUUAUGGCGAGCGCGCGCGCCGACGGACGGCCGUUUCCCCCGCCCUCGUCUUCGGAACCACGUGAUAGGAGUCGGGGACGGAAAGGGAAAAGUCGGCUGCAAUGUCGUCAGUGGUAGAGGGAGGGGGGAGAGCGGAAGGUCAGGGCGCCGCGGAGCGGAAGUAGGAUCCGGAGCGCGUCCGCCAUUGUGGGAAAGCGGAGCCCGGAGCAGGGGAGGGAAGCUGAGCUGUGUCCAGCUGGUUGCUUUCGGAGGCGCCGAGCAGACUAGAAGUGCCCGGGCUGCGGAGACAGUCAGGCGGCGGCGGCGGGGAGAGCGGCGGAAAAGGCGGCGGCGGGGAAUUGAGGAAGAGCGGGAGGAGGAGGAGGAGGCCCAAGCGGAGCGGGGUGAGGGGAUUGCGGCUCCCCGUGAAGAAUGUCAGCCACCAGCGUCGACCAGGUACGGUCUCCGCCCGGCCUGGCCUGGCCGGGAGGAUGGCUCGGCCUCCCCUUCCUCACCCCGUCCCGCCCUCCUUCCUCUGGGCAUAGCGGGGAUCCGCGCCCGCUACAUCCGAGGCCGUGCGGCUCCUCCCCUGUUCCCAGGCCCGCCCCCUCCGCAGGCCUGGAGGCCGCUCGGCCUGGGGCCUCCCCGCGGAGGCCGUGAGGCGAACCCGUUGCUUCUCUUCACGAGCAGGCCUUUGCCUCUCCGGGGGCGCCUUCGCUUUCCGCGCCAGCUUCGCCCUCUGCCCGCUUUCCUGUGCCGUCUUCGGUUUUCCCUCGCAAGUGGACUUGGAGGGAUCCUUACGGCCACCGUUAAACGUCCUUCGUAGUGCAGCCGCCUCUCGUAUCUCGUUCUUGCGGUUAUAUGUUUCUUGGCGUUUCAUUGAUUGAUGGCAUGUCUUCAUGCGUGUUUCCGUAUCUGCUUAUUUUGUUUUCAUGCAGCUAUUCCAUGUACACUUUUUUCUUUCUUUCACACUUUUCUGAUCUCCUUAUCCCCCCUCACAAUUCCUUCACCAAUUCUCCCCAUGGUUGUUUUUCUAUUCUUGAUCCUCUCGGUCUCACCCUUCUGGGUCCCCCCCCCCCCGUGUAAACAUUAUUUUUGCAGCUGAGAGCAGAUAAUGGAGGCCUCUGGUGAACGUUAACUUGGGGGAUAAAUCUUGCAAACCAGAAUCCAUGUCUGCACAAGUUUCAUUUUUAAACCUGGAAUGUCACUUUUGAAAAUACUUGCUUUUAGUAUUGGCUCUUCAGCUAGUACAGGUUUUUCUUCAUUCUGUCAGGAUUGAGUAAUUUGCAAAAGUCAUUGCAGGGUCAGAGUCAUAAAGUCUAUGUGAAAACAGAGGGAAACAGGAAUUGUUUGUAAUGGGAGCUUUAUUUGGGGGCAGGGAAAUGCACUUAAUGAAGUAAAAAUAUUUUAACAUGGUGUGUAAUAAAUAGUAUAGUCCGCAAUAUGGCUAGCUGAUGUAACAGUUCUGAUUUUAUUCAGCAUCGAAGUGUAGCAUUCUUAAGGUACAGGACUAGGGGCAUGCAACAGUACAGGCAACACCCCAUUUGUGUGGGGGUUGCGUUCCAGGUCAUUACGCAUUUGUGUGAAAUCAGAAACUAAUUGAAAAAGUCUACAAACACCCAUUCUACCCAUUUAGUGACAUUUCAAUGACAUCUUUAUAACGUUUCCGGGUUCAGCACGUGUGCAGCGAUUCAGUUGCACCUAAAAUGGGAGUGGCCUGUACCUCACCAGAACAUGCUAUUCGGUCCUUGUUGCAUAUUUUUUUGCAUUUUACAGGCACCUUUUUAUAACUGAUUUGAUAAUAGCAAUACAUGCAUAGUUUUAAGAAAUAAAAGCAGGCAUAGUACAGUGAAGAGUUUAGCUUCUACAAAAUCAUCUGAUUAUACUUUUUAUAGUGCCACACAUAAAUAUUGGAUGACUGUUCCAUUUUGUUUCUGAAUGGUAAACUGUAGUUAGGUAUCUUAAUGUGUACAGUAAUAUUGGGAGUCUAUCAGUGAUCCCAAUAAACAGAAUUUAGAAUGCAUCAGGCUUGCAGCACUUUAGUCAUAGUUCUUUCUUUUUAAUAAAAUGGCUUGUAUUUUACCAUCUUGGGGUAUCUUAAAAUCACCAAAAUUAUUUGAUCUUUGUGAUAACUUUAAUGUUCGGUUCCCCUAAUUUUUGUUUGUUUGUUUUUCUUGUUUUAUCACUAACAGAGACCUAAAGGACAGGGAAAUAAAGGUAAGUUGAUUCUUCUGUGUUAGGUUCACUGACAUGAAUAGAGUAAUUCAGUGAUUUCUCUGUAGUAGACAGUUAAGUGUAGCAGAUGCAUUCAAUUGACAGUUUAUACUGGAGUAGUAGUAGUAGUAGUAGUAGUCAUCAUGAGACUGCACCAGACAGUGAAUCAUUUUUUUCACUUAUAAAGUGGACUUUCCCAACAUUUUUGUGUGUUACAUCAUUCUUAAUAUAUUGAUUCUGCAACAGCUUCCAUUUGCAUAUCAGGACUUCUCCUGUGUUGUCCCCAUAUUUCUGAGGAACCCUCAGAACAGAUUGGUGGGGGGGAGCAGGGGAAUUCCUCUUCUGCUCAUGCAAUUAUUUAGCUGAAUACCUCCCAUUAUAUAGAGUAAUUCAGGCACCAGUCUAUUCCCACUUAUGUUGAACUCAGUGGGACAUCUGAGUAGUCAUGUGUAGACAGAAUUGUGCUGUCAGAAUGCUUUAUACUCAGCCAAGAGUAUAGAGUCAUAUAUGAAUCAUACUCUGAGUAGUACGACCUAUUAAAAUCAGCUAAAAAUUAAACCGGAAAGCAAAACGUAAAGCCAUUAAAAUUCCAAUAAAAGCUGAUAAGCAACAGUACACUUUAUGAGCUUAUGCAAAGACCAUAAAACAAGAAGACAGUUAAAUACCUGCCAGAACAAAAAGGUAGUGAAAAACCAUCAAAAAUGUUUCUGUAUAUGAAGGGUUAAUAAUUGUGCUCAUGUGCAUGGUAUUGUAGGAAUGGUUCUUCAUUUAGCCUAGUAGCAAGUGUGCUAAACUGAUGAUGAGUGGUGAGCAUAUGUGCAUGAGAAUUUUGAGUCCUAAAACUGUGAGACAUACUGGCAAAUGAAACAAAAAGUGAAUGUAGCAUGUCAUUUAUCUCUGCAUACAGGAUAGCAUCAUGGUAUGCUUUAAUCUUUAGUGUAUUCUUUAUCCCAAGCUUUUGGGAGCUCAUUAAAAAAUCGAACAUCUGCAUAUAGCUAUACUGCUAAAAUAUAUACAUGGGAGAGUUAAGGACUCCAUUUUGUUAGAAGUGAGAGAUAAAGCUUGCUAAACAUUAUAUGGUCAUAGGCAGUUACCUAGUCAUAGCUUAACAAAGGGUGAAAUUGUUUGGUAUGCAUUGGAUCAACCUUUCUCAAAUAUUGAGAACUGUUCAGUUAUUGAACUCCUAAAAUUUUAGCUGUUUCACAUGUGCACUUUACAUCACAUCUUCAUUGGGAUACUUUAGCGCACUUAAUUUUCUGUAGAGUAAAGACAAGCAAAGAAGUGAGCUUCCCAGUGGAUAGGUUCACUCGCCAACAUCAUAUGAAUGAAUUUCCAAUUGCAAAAGGGAAUUCCCCUUUAAAUCCCCCAGAUGUGAUCCAAAUCUGCUUUGUCAAUCAAUGUAAAGUUUUUUUGUUUCCAUUAUAUCACGUUAAUAUCAACAAGAGAAGCUAGAUUGAAUCUUGUCUCGGCAGGAAAGAUCUCUAACCAGCAGUUCAGCUACUCCCCUACUCUGGUUCUCUUCUCCCCCCAUCCUGUGCUUGAAGGCUUGUAUUUUAGGUAUGCAUAUUUACUUAGAAUCAACUCUUGUUUGGUUUAGUGGUCUUUAGUAUUAAUGACUUUUGUAUGCUGAUCCAUAACAGAGUUCUCAGGACUUAUUGUAAAGCUAAAAACAACUUAAAUACAGAAUAAGGCAUAACAUCAAAAGCAUAAUAAAUACAAGAAAACAAAACUCACCACAACACCAAAGUUAAAAGCAUUGAUUUUAAAAAAGGCCCAGAUUACACAAGUUAUUUAAAAGGCCUGAUCUUUACCCUGGGACUUAAGUAGCCUUAGUAGGCUAUUCUAUAACUGGAGUGCCCAUAACUGAGAUGCCUGUCCUGAUUGUUACUCACCUUAUUUCUUUUGUUAGAGUUUCUCAGGGAAACAUGUCAGCCACCAGCAUCCAAAAAAAUAAAAUAAAAAUCCCAUGGUUUAGGCACGUAUAGAUAAGAAGAGCCUUGUGCUAAAGAUUAAGCACUUUCACUUGUGCCUUGUCAUAGCCAUACUAUUCCUAAGAUAUCUCCAGUAUCUGUUUUCCCCUGCUUUUUUUUUUAACUCUUCAGCGAAUGAGAAUUCAUAAUCUUACUUAAGGAACAUAUUGAAAGUCUGUGCAGCUAGAGCAUUGGACUUACAUGUCUAAUCUCUGGUUGAAAUCCCUGCUGAUCUAUGAAGCUCACUGGCACUGUGUAUCAGCCUAACUUACGUCCAAGGGUUGUGGUAACGGCAAAAUAUCACUAAGCUUCAUACAUCAAAAUAAGGUGCAAAUAUUUUUUUAUAAACUGACAAAUUUAUUAUUCCCAUUUGAGUGUGCAUAGAAUUGCAGUCUUAGCUGUACAGAUGCCACUGAAUAAGACAUUGAUUUGCUGGUAGUGACACCGUGGGUUUAGUGGUGUAUUCCCCGUUCCAAAGAAGAGAGACAUGAAACAUAAAACUGUACUUGAAAAACACCGUUGGUAACUGUGGAUAUAGCAUGUGUUUUCAUGUAAAUCAAAUGAUUUGAUUAUUAAGAUUCAACUUGCAGUUCAAUAAUUCAUUUAGAGAAGGACACAAAUUUAUUUUGCAGCGUAAAUUGUUUGUACCUUAAUACAUACAGAACUUCACUAUAUACUGGCUGAUAACUGUUUCUGAGUUCAUAAUUCCUUUUAAAGCACAUUUUACUAUUUGAGGAGAAUUGCUAGUAUGUGACUCCCUCUUUUCCAAUACAGGGUUGGUCUCCUUUCAAGCAUGGUAUCACUUUAGUCACAGGAGAAAUGGCUGUCUUUUCUCUGAUGAGACACUGGAGAAGGUUUUGAGUUUUUCUGCAUCUGUUUAUUUAGAUAUUUAAAUACCACCUGUUAUGCGGGCAACUCAAUGCAGCAAUAUCAUAAAAUGUAAUACAAAGAAAAUGAAAAUAAUCAGACAAUAAACAUUCUUAAAAUUCCAUAGCCGCUGGAAUCUGUAUCCACCAAAAGCUAUAUAAAACAAACAAAAAAGCAGUGGAAUUGCACCACUAUUGGCACAUUUAUUAUUUGGGGGAGGGGGUAUUCGAUAGUGUGGACUCUGUCACAGAAAAGGCCCUUGUCCCAGUUAAUGCUAUCUGCAGGCUAUGGCACAAUCAGAAGGGCCUCUGCAGAUGUUCUUACUGGCAGGGCAUGCUUGUCUAGAGAAAAGCGUUCUCUCAGAUAACCUGGUUCCAAAUUGUUUAAUAACAAAUCCCGAAACACGGCUUGAUAGCAAAUUGGCAGUCAGUGCAGUUCCUUUAACGGUGGAGUUGCAGUCUCAUGGCCAGUAACUUAGCAACUACAUUUUGUGCUAACUGCAGCUUCCAGACCAGUUUUGAGGGUAGACCCACAGAAAGCACAUUACCGUAAUUGACACUCUAUUCCAAUGCAUGGGUCACUGUAGCCAGGCUGUCCCUGGCCAGGAUUAGCUACAACUGGAGUAAUGACUGAAGCUGGUAAAAGGCGGUCCCUGCUGCUGUAGUCACAUGGGACUCCAGUAACAACUAUAGGUAGAGGAACACCCCCACUCCUUCACAUGGAAUGCAGUAGACAAAUACAGGACAGACAAACUGCCUACAUUCUGGAUUUGGAAACUAGUCACCUACAGGAUCUCCAUCUUGCUACAAUUCAGCUUCAUUGACUCUUAUCCAGCCCAUUGCUGUGCCUAGGGCUGCAGAGCCCCAAUUGAACAAAAGUAAAGGCCCUUCUUUCUCCCUCACCACAUUUCUCUUGCUUCUGCAGUCAGAUUUGGAAUGUAUUGUACUAAUGAACUAAAAUGUCACAUUUCCUUAUUUUGCAUAUAUUUGGGGAUAUAAUCAGUGUUUUCAAAAUGUUUAAAUCAUUGCAACAGGAAUUGUGGGGGUGGGGCACAUCAUCUGCUGUGAAUGGAUUUCUGGCUUGCUGGCUUACUGUCUUCUCUGUUCACUUCCUUCUUGAGGUAUUCUAUAACUUUGUCUGCUUCAUGUGAAAGUGCCACUUUCAAAAACACAAACAAAAAGACAAAUGCUCAGAGAAUCUAGUAGCAUUAAAGGGAAUGUUUUGGGCAUGGACAAAAGUUUCACCUUUUCUAAUGAACACAGAAGUGAAUGAGGAAAGAACGUGGAGUUUAGAUUAGACCACGAUCUACUCCCAGUAUAAAACAACUGGCAGUGAUCUACCCAUUGGGGGCGGGGGGAGGCCAAAGUUGUUGAGCUUUUUUGGUUUUGUAACAUUGAAUAGGGUUUCAAAAGUGGUAGACUUACUGAAUGGCACUGUUUUUUUCAGAGGAUCUGAUGAAGCUACUUCAUCUUUCCUUAUUGGAGAAGAAUGACGGAGAUGCAGGAAAGAAUGGACUCUUGAAAGAUAAAUUGAUGGAAAUUUGUUUGUGGCAGGAAAGGUUUUAGAUGUGGAAUAGCUCCUGUUGCUUUUAGGUGUGACUAUCUCAUCCACGGGAAGUGGUGUUUUGCUGUUGUCUAGUUUGGGUCUUUUAUGGUUCUCCAGAUUUUUCUCUACAGUUAAGUGAAAUAGCUGUCUAAAAAGUGCAAACAGGAAUUCUUGCACCAAGAAGAACACUUAACAGGGCAGCUCGGUUAGAAGUAUGGCUGAACAUGUUAGCUAUCUGGGUGUAGAUGCUGCAGAAUGCAGAUGCUAUGCAGCUUCAUAGCUGUGUGCGUGGUUUUUAAUUGAGUUAGUGAUCCAAAGUUUUGGAUACUAGUUUUCAGCUGCAGUCUUUAGUUUCAGAUCACCUAUGUUCUUUAUACAAAUAUGAAUAACAACGUAACUAGCCAAGGUAUAAAUUUCAUUAGGUGCAUUGACUCCUUGAAAAAUCUGUGUGAAAUGCAUGGGGCAGAUGGUUGUUUUUCUUCUAAGCAAAAUUAAAAACGCCACAAAGCUCUGAACACACAGUGAAUACAAAUUACAUUUCACAAGUUACUUUGCAUAUGAUGCGAAGGACCUGAAGGUAAGGGGUUUUUUAAUGCUAGGAAAUCCUGAUGAUCUUUAAGUGUCCUUGUCGUCCCCCACCCCCAAAAAUUAUUGCACUGUUUCCCACCCUGUGUGUGUGCAGGGCAUAAUUUCCUCCUGGAAAAAAACUUUAAGCUGCCAUUUUCUUACUAAUAUAUAUGCAUAUGUAGUUGCUUUGUCCUUAUGAUUGGUUGGAUGAGCUACACAAUACAGCUGGACUUUGUGUCUGCAUUGUGAAAUUGGAAACCUAAGUUCUCAUGAGUCCAUCUUAGUUACUUAGAGGGCAGAGUUUAUGUUGUAAAUGCUCAGAACAUCUCUGGGUCUUGUUUACUGUCAAGAAGUACAAAACCUGCUUUUAUUGUGACUGCUUGUGUGGCAGGUUUACUGCAGUGCACCUGUAGAAGUCUUGGGUUGUCAGCUCACAUGUAAAAAACUGUUACCAUUACUCUUUGCAAAUACAUUCUUUGUAUUUGGUAUUAGGAAUUGCUUUGUGGGGUGGGGUGAGAACCCUAUUGCUGGCAAGGUAAACAAAACCAGAUUCAUGUUACAUUAUUGGAAAAGUAGGUCAUGCCAAGGCAAAGGUCUAGCUUGUGUGUGCAUGUCUGCCUUGAAAGCUGUGCUUGUGCUCUAAUUCUUUUGCAGAGAAUAGUAGGAACAUACAAACAGGAGAUAUGUGUGUGUGUGUGUGUGUGUGUGUGUGUGUAUGAGAGAGAGAGAAUGAUUAAUCUGUAGAACUAGUUUGUGUUGCCUUUUCAUUUCAUUUGCUUGAAUUUAACUAGAACUGGCUUACUAAAAAUGUUUGCAUGCAUUUUUGCUAUUUUCAGGUAGAAAACUUUUGUAUCGAGUACUCGGCAUAGAGCUCUAUUAAUAAAGGUGUCUGCAAAUUUCAUUUUUGAAGUGAACAAUUGCUGCAAAUAUACUAUAUUGUUUCUAGCUAUGUUAGAAGUGAUAUUUCAACAGCUAAGCACUUUUUAGACUAUUCCAUUCUUAACUAUGGAGAGUUGGUUUCCCUGCUUUCUGUAGGUUUCCCAUCUGUUGAGGUGUUGAAUUUACAAUGUUCCCUUAGGAUGUCAGGAAAAAUGGUUUAGUGUCCAAAUAUUUUAUAUUGGAAAAUUAUGCCAGCUAAGUAUACCUGCAGAAGAUGGUAUGGGAAAGUGUUUAGUUUAAGUUAUUUGAACAGAGCAGUUAAAUCUAAUAUUUAUGCUUGCAUAUGAAUCCAUAAAACUUCAACUUCAGUUUUAAUACAUAUAACUAGACAAAAAGUGCACUCCUAUGAAUUACCUUGUUUCUGUUGAGAGUAGGGCUGGGUUAUCAAUAUUGCAGUAUAUCACCAGCUAAACAUCUCGAUAUAUGGCAACAUCUGAAAUAAGGAAGGAACUACACAGAGGCAAACAGGACAACGUCCUGGCAUCUGCUACUACUUAAGGGUCUAAAACUAAUAAAUGAGGGUAUUAUCAAUCACUUCAUGGUCUCUUUCAGCAGCAGGCAAGCCAAAAUGCAUCCAUAGGCUGCUAUUGGUUUUUUGAAUUCUAGGAUGCUUGUAGUGUGUUGCUGCCUGCUAAAGAAAUAUUCUGGUUUUUGAAACAUUUUUUUCCAUCAUGUGUUUUUAACAACUAAAAAGUUAGGCAUAGGACUUCUAGAAGAUGUCUAAUUUCAGUUAUGUUUCAGUUUCAGUGCAAAACGGUUCGAUUCAUCAAAAGGAUGCAGUAAAUGAUGAUGAUUUUGAGCCAUAUCUAAGUAGCCAGACAAAUCAGGUGAGUAUUUACAAGAAUACACCUUUUCUUGUAAGCUAGUGAGUAUAGUUUUUAGUUGGUUAUUCCUUUAUAAUAAGCAAGUAACACAAAACAGUGUAAAUGGUUUUAUAACAGACCAUUGUAAGUUUUCAUAGUAUUUGUAAAUCUCUUAAACAGUGCUAAAUGGAUUUGUACGAGUUAGGUUCCAAAUGAGCGAAGUUACUUUAAGCAGAGGGAUCCACUUAAGCUUAAUUAAAUCUAUCUUAAAUUAAGCAUACCUGUUGUGUGUGCACAGAACAGUACACAAAUCUCAUGCCCUACUCCUGUAGCAGCCUACAGCGCUACAUCCCAUUCCAUUUCCUUCAGCAGUUGGGAUUGGAUGGAGAAAGAGUUAAUAGUCCAGUCAUUUUUCUUAUGAUUCAGCCUUUGGUUAGCUUUUGAUUUUCUGCUCCCUUUCUGAAUUCUUACAUGAGUUUCAAGUCCAACAAGGAUUCUUCCAUUUCAGGGAAUUUUUGCUUGCAGAAGAUGCAUGUUGAGAGGCUUUGGGGCAAGGUAUUUGGAAAGAAAGUGCAAGAAAGUGGUAUUUCUAUCAUUUUGUAUGUGUGUACUGUGAUGGGAGAAACAGUUUAUAUCCUUAUGCCCAACCUUCUAUACAUUGUUAGUGGUUUUGUAUGCCUAAAUUUGCAUGGUGAGUAAGAAAUGCAAAGAAUAUGUGGUGCUUUUUAUUGGGCCAGUUCCUUUUGGUGUCGAAUGGCCUUGCAGCCAGUCAGUUGCUAGGCAAGAACAUACAUUACUUGAUCCAGCACUCAAACAACCUUUUGAAAAACACACAUGUAGAUGAGUGAGCUGAUAAAACCUUGUGGGUUUGAUCCAUUCUUGAAUUCGAGUUCUGCUCUGUAGUGGGAAGUGACUUUGCUGAUUUCUCCUUGCCUCUGCCUUUCCCUGAAAAGCUGUUUUGGAGGUUUGGCUGAUUCUCUGGAAAAGUGUGGCAGUUCCAGGGGCAAAAAUCACGUCUCUCCCUCCACUGGAAAGCUUCUGCUGGGUACUGGUUGCUUUUGCAAAUGGAAGGAUCCAGCUACGCCAAGGGUGGCAUAGUUUAUGCAAACUUUGGAGUUUAAUAUUCUUUAUGUAUACAUAGAGCAGAUAAUUGCAUUUUCUAUUUUUUGUUAUUGGGAAAAUAAUGGUGACAAGACUCAAAAUGCCAAACACAGAACUUUAAAAUAUUGAUUCAAGAUUGAACAAUUAGAGCAAGCUAAGCGAAUUAGGAAUUGGAUCUGGACCAAAUAAAUCAGCAAUUUUUUUUUUCCUUUCUUGCAAAUGCUAGUCAUGGGUGGCACAUGGGCAGCCCAAAAGGAACCCUCACACUUAUAAAAACUUCCUUGUUUGCUCAUAUAGAGGUGUUCUUUUAUUUUUUACAACAAAUGUAGCUAAGCUAUAGCCUUUAAGAUGUUAUUGGACUAUCAUCUCUGACCAUUGGUCAUGCUGUCUUUGGAGCUGGGAGCUGGGAGUCCAAAAUCAUAUUGAGGGCCUCAGGUUAGCUACCCCUGGUUUCAAGUGAGCUAGGUGACAGGGUUUAUCAGUACUUGAAGUUCCUUUUCACUGUGCAGGGUGAACUUAUUUACAGCUUGGCAAGGAACAUGAUGAGUUGUUAAAUAUAUACACUGAACCUUAUCUAUACACCAGAGGCAGGUUUCUCAGGGGAUUGUUGGUACACAUACAUGUUGGGCUAAUGGUCAUGGUCAGUACUGAAUCUUUGAUCAGCUGUUCAGCAUGGGAGAGAGGCCUAGAAAUAGGACAGGAAUUUGCUUAUAGGAAUAAAAGAAAUAAAAUGACAUCCUGAUAAAAAACAGGAAAAGCACUCCUGUUUGGAGAUGGAAGAGAAUUUUUUAAUUGCUCAAAGCACUUUUAAUUGUGUUAUAUUAAUUAAAACGGUGUAGGCUGUAAUUACUUUGGUUUUGUAUGUGAGAUUAAAGAUAACAAAGGUAUCUCUUUUAGAUCUCUUUGCUUGAAUUUUUUUUCUGUUUAAAAUUCUAACUGUGUCAGAAAUUUGCUUCAGAUGUCCAUAAAUGCGUAUUUAUAGGCAAAUAAUGUAGAUGUAGCAAUAGAAUGAUUCUUACACUGAUAUGUUUUCCCGCAGAAUAAUAGCUAUCCACCAAUGUCAGACCCAUACAUGCCUAGUUAUUAUGCUCCAUCCAUUGGAUUUCCGUACUCUCUGGGUGAAGCGGCAUGGUCCACAGCAGGAGAUCCUCCAAUGCCAUACUUGACAACUUACGGACAGAUGAGCAAUGGUGAACACCACUACAUCCCUGAUGGUGUCUUUAGUCAACCUGGGGCUUUAGGAAACACCCCUCCAUUCCUUGGUCAGCAUGGAUUUAAUUUUUUCCCUGGGAAUGCAGAUUUCUCAACAUGGGGGACAAGUGGAUCUCAGGGACAAUCGACUCAAAGCUCUGCUUACAGCAGCAGCUAUGGCUACCCACCUAGCUCUCUUGGUAGAGCAAUAGCCGAUGGACAGGCUGGAUUUGGCAAUGAUACAUUGAACAAGGUGCCUGGUAUUAGCAGCAUUGAGCAAGGCAUGACUGGACUGAAAAUUGGCGGUGAUAUGACAGUCGCUGUGACGAAAACAGUUGGUUCCGCUCUGAGUAGUACAGGCAUGACCAGCAUUGCAGCAAAUAGUGUGCCUGCGGUUAGCAGUUCAGCACCUAAACCAACCUCAUGGGCUGCCAUUGCUAGGAAGCCUGCUAAGCCUCAGCCAAAACUUAAGCCUAAAGGUAAUGUGGGAAUUGGGGGCCCUGCGGUACCACCUCCCCCUAUAAAACACAACAUGAAUAUUGGAACUUGGGAUGACAAAGGGUCUGUGGUAAAAGCUCCCCCAACCCAACCAGUACUGCCUCCUCAGACUAUAAUGCAGCAGCCUCAGCCAUUAAUUCAGCCUCCUCCAAUGGUGCAAAGCCAACUGCCUCAGCAGCAGCCUCCGCCUCAGCCGCCACAAGGACCUCAGCAACAGGCUCCGCCUCAUCAGCUGCAGCAGCAGCAGCUGCAAAAUCGCUGGGUGGCUCCUCGCAAUAGGGGUGUAGGCUUCAAUCAGAGCAAUGGAGCUGGCAAUGAAAACUAUGGUAUAGGUGUUAUACCAGUUAGCUCUUCACCUUCUGGUGUAGAAGUGCACCCAGUAUUGGAGAAACUAAAGGCCAUAAAUAACUAUAAUCCCAAAGACUUUGAUUGGAAUCUGAAGAACGGUCGUGUGUUUAUAAUCAAAAGCUAUUCGGAGGAUGAUAUACACCGCUCCAUUAAGUAUUCUAUCUGGUGUAGUACUGAGCAUGGUAAUAAGCGCUUGGAUGCUGCCUACCGUUCACUGAAUGGAAAAGGCCCACUCUAUUUACUUUUCAGUGUGAAUGGCAGUGGACACUUCUGCGGAGUAGCUGAGAUGAAGUCUGUGGUGGACUACAAUGCAUAUGCUGGAGUCUGGUCUCAGGAUAAGUGGAAGGGGAAGUUUGAUGUUAAGUGGAUCUUUGUUAAAGACGUUCCAAACAACCAGCUGCGGCACAUUCGCUUGGAAAAUAAUGACAACAAACCCGUUACCAACUCGAGGGACACUCAAGAAGUACCCCUAGAAAAAGCCAAGCAAGUGCUUAAAAUAAUUGCUACUUUCAAGCAUACCACCUCAAUCUUUGAUGACUUUGCACAUUAUGAAAAGCGUCAAGAGGAGGAGGAAGCCAUGCGUAGGGUAAGAAUCUAAUGUUAUAAUAAACUUUUUUCAUGCUUUUUGGAGUUUGGGGUUUUUAAAAAAACAGAUCUGCUUGGUUUUUUAAUAUGUAAAACAAAAAGUAAUUAGAAAUGGGUUUAGAUGUUAAAGGCCAAGGCAUGUAACGUACUCAACAACACUUCCUUGCAAGCACAUUUGCAAAUACAAUUUUCCAUUCUUCAUAGCAUUUUACUUCUGCAUUAAAACCUUCAGCUAAGUAACUAAACUUCGUUGGCAGUCGAUUGAAAAAAUAUGUAUUUUAAUGGUUUCAGUAGCAAAUGGUACUUGUUCCUUAAAUCAUUUCGUUGCCUGUUUUGUUUUGUGACAUUUAAACAAAAAAUAUGUAUAUGGAAGUUGUGAUGUCUACAUGUUUCAACUGUUGUAAUAGUACAAUUUUUUUAGAUGCAUAGAAAAAGCCACAUAACACAGAAAUUGAGAGCUUGUUAGGAAUUUAGACUGCUAUCCUAUGCCCAUUUACUUGAUGGUAAGCCCCAUUGAACUCAGUAGGACUUGCUUCUCAUAGAGAUGCAUAGGAAAGAAAAAGAAAAUGUCAACAUGAGUUUAAAUGUGUUUUGACCCUUUGUAGUUGCUUUUUUGUGAAACAUUUCUUAUCAAAUGUGCCUGGCAGGACAAAUAGAAGGGGCUGUAUUCAGGCAAUGUGUUUCUCCUGAUGGAAGGCACUUUAAUACAGUGGAACCUUCCAGGGGUCAAGGCAAAAUUGUGUUUUUCCUGGCCCCUCUGCAGCCCUCCAGCCUGCUUUGCAAGGUUGAAGAACCCUUUAGAACAGCUUCAGUCCUUGAAGGCUCUGCUGGAUCAAAGAGCCUUUCAUAUGUAAAGGGGCAUCAUUUGGCUAAACCCAAACAACAUUUACGCAGAAAUAAAUUAACCCAACCCAGGGCUGAUUCUUAUGAUGACCUAGUUAUCUUAGGGGAGAAUAAAGAGUUGGUAAGAGACUUGAAAAUUCUCCCUUCUUAUGUGGGAUAUGCCAGGCGUUGAUUGUGGAUUGUUCUACAUGCAAAACAGGCACUUGCCACCAACCUGUGGACCCCACUUUAUUCCAUAGGUACUUACUGCUGUAAGCACAUGCCAAUCCAAGGUAUCUUGUCCCAUACCAAAUGUUAUUUAUGAAGACCUGAGUGUUUUUGUAAUUUACAAUAAAAAUUAAACAAACAGACUCUUAGGGGCAGUACAAAAGGAAAAAUGGAUGAAGAAAGAAGAUGAAAAUAAACAAAUUCAGGUAUCAUUCCUUACAUAAGAGCUGUCCAAACUUUUCAUGUUGGCGACACACUUUUUAGACAUGUAUCAUUUCACAACACAGUAAUUCAGUUUUACUCUUGUUAGCUACAUACCCUGCUAGCUGCUGAUGGAGUCAACUUGCUGGAAAAGACUGUGUACAGUGUAUGAACUUGUAAGCUCCUGUACUGUUCAAAUGGAAGGAGGAAUUAUUGUAAAUAAGUAGUAGAUGGAUUCUCCUUUAAGAGUAGGAGAAAUAUCCUAACUUCUGAAUGACUGCUUGGCAUGAUCUUGUGUCCCCAUUCCAGGUCUCCUCUGUGCACCACAGAAAGCUUUUUAUUCCAUAGGAAGCUGGUGAGAAGGAUUCUAUGUCAUUGUUUGUAGGAUGGGAGCAGUUUGGAGAAGAAGAAAAAACAGUGUUACAAGUAGUUAACUAGGGAUUAACUAGGAGUUCUGAAGAAGGCUUAAAAUAAACUUGCUUGUAAUCAAGGAAUUCAGUGGCAGAGGAGAUGUUGGGCAGAAUCUGUUCAGUUCAUAAUCAAAAGUGGGUUUGAGAAUUCUGAUUCAGGUGUGGCUACAUAGUAGCCAGCCAUUGCUAAAUUCACAUUGAAUGGCAUUGGUUAACAAAGCAAAUGGGACACUAAGUCUGGUCCUCAGCUGAAGUUGUGACAGAACCUUGAACAGAAGAAAAGGCUGAAGAAUAAAAAGUCUCUUUGACCCAAGUUGUCAUGUCUUUUGUGCUUCUCAUGGUUGAUUUUUCUUUGGUGGGAUCUACAGAGUGGAACUGAAUAAACAGUUUUGUUUUAAGCCCAGGUAGUUUUGCAGUGUUUGAAGAGAAGAAAAAAUUAUACCUACAUAUGAAGAGUUCAGCCACGCUCCAUAAAUAAGCAGGAUUCCUUGGGUAGUCUAGUAAUGAUGCUGCAUACAAAAUGGCAACUUAAAUGUUUAUACUAAUUGGUUCUUCUGUUUACAAAUUUUCUGUAAUGGUUCUUUACUUCGACUUUCAUUUCAGGUGGUUGUGUUUGUUUUGUUUUUCAUACAGUCCUUGUUAUUAAGAUAAUUACACUUGCUAUUAGAGAUGCAUAUACAGGCUAGUUCCAGUUUUCUAUUUACAAGGUGGCUUUUGGAAUUAUUCUUGUGGUUGUAGACACCUGAAAUCAGAUGGGGUACAUCAUCAACCAAGUUGCUAAGAUUAUUGCCUAUUGUCCUCAUGUAAAUAGCACAUUUUACAAAUAGGUUGAUCUGCUGGGUUUCUAUUCAUUUUAAAGGGUGUAACUGGAUUGUUGGAACAGUACAGAAAUUCUAGUGCUACUAAUUGUGUUUCUAUCAAACCUGUGCCUAUCUUUAUAUUGCACUGGCUUACAGUGGUGCCUAAUAUGUUGGGUUCCAUGGGCAUGUUGGGAAUUUUGAAUAUAUUAUAGUGCUGUCAUAAAAUGGCUGUCAUGGGGUUGUUCCCCUUCACAAAAUGACUUGCAUGCUGGGUGGAGCCAGACACAAAGUACUCAUUUCACAUUAAACCAAUCGAGAUACCAAAGGUUGCACCUGCAGCCCCAGAAAGAGAGAGGGAGAUGAACAGGCAGCCUCAACAGAAGAGUGCACAGAUCCAGACAAGGAAAAAAAAACAAGUACACAUUGCCCGAGAGAGAAACAGAGUCCCAGAGGGUGAGGUAGGAAAGCACACGGUUCAGGAACCAAUAGAGGAGAGGAUCAUGUGCAUAGUCUCUGAGAGGCAGAAACACAAAUUUGCUUUGUUAUAUCUUCUUUCUUGUCCCUUCAGUCACCUUUUUCUUUGUUUCUAAACAUUUGUACAGGAUUCUUUCCACUCAUGUCUCUCAACUUAAUGUUUUGGUGCUGGUCAGCCUGGAAAAGUUCAUAGACUUAAGACAGGCCAUAGAAGGUGGUAAUGCUUUUACUACUACUACUUUUUUCAAGACUGAUCACACUCUUUACAGCUUGGAAGGGCAGGCACUGUGUGUCACAGAGACAUUUUAAGCACCAAGUGGCUCAAUGGGUGCAAUCGGAACCAAAACUGUUCUAAAAACCAAUUAACUGUUAUUGCCAACCUAGCAGUUCGAAGGCACGUCAAAAAGUGCAAGUAGAUAAAUAGGUACCACUCUGGCGGGAAGGUAAAUGGCGUUUCCAUGCGCUGCUCUGUUUCACCAGAAACGGCUUAGUCAUGCUGGCCACAUGACCUGGAAGCUGUACGCCGGCUCCCUCAGUCAGUAAAGCAAGAUGAGCGCCGCAACCCCAGAGUCGGUCACGACUGGACCUAAUGGUCAGGGGUCCCUUUCCCUUUACCUUUUUAUCCGUUACGUAUGCAGCACAUUGUUUUAGUCCUUUGUGUUCUAGGCAGGGCAUCAAACUAUUUAAAUUUUCUGAAUUGAUUUAAUUUUGGUUCUGCCUGUUAACUCUUGGUUUGAUUUCACAAGGAAAAGGCUCAAUAUUUACAAAAUGACACUGAUUGGUAUCUGCAGUAAUCUGAUUAAAUAGUGAGUUAAUCUUAAUUCUAGGUGACUACGCCGAAGAAACACCUAUUGUUUGUACAGAAAACUUUGAGCAAGGAUGAGAAUAAAAUUUACUAGAUUUUGAAAGAAAUAUUUGGGAACUUGGAAGUGAUGACAGUUGUGAAAGCAGAGCUUAGAAAGAUGUCUGCUUAAUACACAGAUUCAAAAGUCCAGUGUUCUUUUGUUUCCAGGUUGAUUCCCUAUUUUUGUUACAAGUACAAUAAUAUUCUUGCAGGCAGUAAAUAUGUUUACCAUGUGAUCCAUAGUUGUAAGUUAAUUUUAAAACUAGCUGCUUGUCUGCUACCCAUAUUGUUUACCUCAGAGUUAAGUGUUUGAUGAUUUCUCAAAGACUGAUCAUAAUAAAUUCACAUAUGUUAGUAGAAGUCCUGAAUGUUCCAAACAAUUGUAAGGGAAGAGUUUUGAAUGAGAAACAUUUUGUGCUGAAUUAAACUUCUGCUGUCUGAUAGGAUUAGUAGAUGGUAUAUGAAUAAAAAUUUCAGAAGGAAAAAGGCGCAGUACUGGGAACAGUGGGAGAAUGAAGGCCUUUACUAGUAUGAUUCCAAGAAAAAGUGUAUUGAUUAGCUUUUGUGAAAUUAGGAUUCCGAAAAGGAUAAAGAUAAAAGGAGCCCAGUCCACCUUUUAUCUUCAUUCCUAAUUGUUUUUCAUCAUUUUGCAUGGGAUUUGAAAACUGGGUUGAAGCAUCUGGGCUAAGGAAAAGAUGAGAGCAUAGCACUUGUAGUUAUUUGAAGCAUGCACUUCUUUAGAACAGGAGUGAGGAUUCUUUUUGAGUCCCAGGGCCAGAUCAAAACUUGCCCAACCUUCUGGGGGCUUCCUAAGAAUGGUGGCAUGUUAAAACAAAAACCAAGCACCCACCCAAAGAAAAAAUUGCACAUACCUCUUUCCCCUCUCCCUGCAUCACAACGCACCUCCAACAGGCACACAGUAAGCGCACACGCUUUUUCUUACACAUCCAUAAAUUCAGUCACACACUCAUACAUGCAGCCACAUAUACACAUGGCAGGAACAUACACACACAAUAUGCAUUUUGAGCCCACUCUAGUUCUAGGGUCGGGGUGGCUAGAAAAUUAUAUCUGCCUCUUCAGUCAAAGGGAUUUUAUUUCCCCAUCUUAGCACUAAGCACUACAGUAUUAAUUUCAAAAAAUAAAUCUUCUGACUGCUCUUUAAGAAUAGUAGGUAGCAUUCUGCCCAUCCAGUGCUGGAAUGGAAGGUGGGGUUGGGAGAAGGCAAAGAGCUUGUCUCCCAUCUAAGUUGAGAGAGCCCUCUGCUGCCCUUUCCUCUCAAAGAGGUCUUAUCUUCAAUCUUAACACUGUGGUACUUGGGUGGUGCUGUGGUUUAAACCACAGAGCCUAGGACUUGCCGAUCAAAAGGUCGGCGGUUCGAAUCCCCGCGACGGGUGAGCUCCCGUUGCUCAGUCCCUGCUCCUGCCAACCUAGCAGUUUGAAAGCAUGUCAAAGUGUAAGUAGAUAAAUAGGUACCGCUCUGGUGGCAAGGUAAACAGGUCCCUUUACCUUUACCUUACUUAGAUAAAAAAAAAAGAGUUCUCUUUAACUCUUCCAUGUCUGACAUGAUAUUAGAUUUGCCUCCAAAUGACCUUGUGGAUCAAAUAGAAAGCCUAAAUGUUCCCCACCACUGCUUCAGAUUAAAAAUGUGCAUACUUUCCUGAACUACAAAGUAUUUUCAAAAUGUUAAGUAAAAUGUCACUAGUGACAUGUCGGCUAAUAUCAGCAACUUAGGUAGUAGGAGUCUAAAGUUUGCAUAAUUUUCUAGGGAAACCCUACUUCCAAACAGUUCAUGAAUUCAUAUUCUGUACUCAUGUUUCAUAAAGGGUACAUGUUUUUCUAUCAGUAGCUUUGUCAUAACAUCACACAUACUACCUGGACUCCUUUGGGAGUAAAAGGAUAUCAGUUGAAUAAAUAAGGCAAUAGGUAAAGGGACCCCUGACCAUUAGGUCCAGUUGUGACCGACUCUGGGGUUGCGGCGCUCAUCUCGCUUUAUUGGCUGAGGGAGCCAGUGUACAGCUUCUGGGGCAUGUGGCCAGCAUGACUAAGCCGCUUCUGGUGAACCAGAACAGCACACGGAAACGCUGUUUACCUUCCCACCGGAGCAGUACCUAUUUAUCUACUUACACUUUGACGUGCUUUCAAACUGCUAGGUUGGCAGGAGCAGGGACUGAGCAACGGGAGCUCACCCUGUCGCGGGGUUUCGAACCGCUGACCCUCUGAUCGGCAAGUCCUAGGCUCUGUGGUUUAACCCACAGCGCCACCCGCGUCCCAAUAAGGCAAUAGUGUGUAACAAACAUACUGCUCAGCCUACCUUUGGACCACAUCAGCAAAGCUAAGGGGGGGAUCCUGUCAUCUGGGCUGUCCAGGACCUCCAUACCACUGCCUAGGCUUGCAUCCUGGGGAAGUGAUUUUGGUGCUGGCAACACAAUGGUUUGACUUAUCCCAUGGAGGCACACUUUGCUGUCUCUUGAGACAGGCAGAUGCCAACAAUGUACAACCCUUCAUAUCAGGAAUUGCUAUUCAAGUCUUCGUGACUUUAGGUAAAAUGUUCUAGAAAACAGUGUCGGUACUAGAUAUUUACCAUUUGUAAAUUAUCCCUUGCAUAGCUAGUAUCUACAUGUUACUAAGCUACAAGGGUUCUGAAGUGUCACUGAUAUCACCAGACACAAUGAAACUUAGUCAGAGAUUAUCAGUUUAUAAGUGGGUGUUUUUUUGUGCCCUGUAAAGCACUUUGGCAUCAUCUUGUAUCUUUCAUUUAAGUUUCUGUGAUGAAGUAGAAUUGUAAAGAUUUGUUGUGUUUGACUUGUGUCAAAAAGUGGCAUUAUGCUAGUGGAAGUGUUCCUUAUAUUAAUUGAUCCAUCUUACCCAAUGACACCCCCUCCCAAGAAAAAAAUCCUCUGGGCUUGGAGGCCCUUGGAAACAUUUUGGAAUAUAAUGCAGAGGGCUGCAAUUAGCGAAAACUAGAUGCCUCACCUUGCAGUAGCAGGAAGUGUUUCUGUGGGAAUGGGAAGCCACCAUUGGAUGCAUCCCUUAGGUUGGAUUAUAGAAUUGCACUUUUAAUUCAGCUGAUUGCUGUAAUGUUUCUGUAAAGCUAAUGUCAUGCUUUUAUGAAAUAUUUAUAGUCGCAUAGCACUUUUACUGAAUUAAAGUCUUCUAUGACAGAGCUAUACUAAUUUUCUUUUCUUCUGUUCUGCAGGAGAGGAAUAGAAACAAACAAUAACUAUAUGGCGAUGGUCCUGCUAGAAUUACAACACUAAUGAUGUGGACUCUGGAAAUGCCUAAUAUGUCUAAGAAGAAGUUAUUAAAGCUUUGUUCCUGCUUAAGGUGACAUCUUUGAACACUUUAACACAAAAUUGACUCUUCUUGUAAUGGUUCUCAUCAGUGCAUCUGCCCUUAUACUCUCUCACCAAACACACUUGAGAACUGUAACUUCGUCAAGCACUUUCUGUCCUGAAGCUUUUACCAGUAUCUGCUGUCUUUUGUAAUUAUGCAUCCUAGCUAAGGCACAGGAGAUGGAACGAAUGCAAGGAUUCAUUAACUCUUUGAAUUUGUUAAAUACUAACAAUUAACCAUCAUAAGUGGUUCAAUGAUGUGAGAUUCACAUUGCUUCAACUUAUUUUUCUUUGAUGUAGUUUUUUAAUUGUCAGUUUUUAGCUAUUCAACAGAAUUUAAAGCAAAAUCAUGCCAUAUUUAGUCCUGGAGUAAAACUCAAGUCUAAAUGUUCAUGUGAAAAUUAUUGUAGUAAACUUUUAAUAUGGCAAAGCAACUUUGAGCUGCAGUUUAGCCAAAUGAAUUAUAACAUGAAAUUAUAUUAGAAUGACAUUUCCCUUGUUUCAAACUGUUUGGUGUAGAGAAUAUUAAUAUAUGCAGCUUGGUGGGCCGCACCAAUUAAUGCACAUUUCCUUUUUUUUCCUGUAACAUGUAUACCGAAAAAAGUGCAUUUGUCUGAGGAACUGUUUGUUUGCUACCACUCAAUCUCAGUUUUGAGUACAUGUACCUCAGUCUAAAUCAGACUUUUUAUGACCUUUAUAACUAUACUUAAAAUCUUUAAUUCCUAUUUCUGGGUGUUUGCAAGCCUGAAAAGAUUGCUAUCAUGGAAGUGAAAAUUUACUCCUCUAGGUGAUUCACUAGCUAAAUAAACAUAAUUCUUGUUUUAGCAAGCAUAUACUCUGUUUCUCAAAUUUUGUUUGUUCCCAGCUCUGAAUAUUAUAGUCUGAUAUUCUUUCAAUUCAAAAUACUUUGGGAAAUAAACGUUUAUCCAUGGUUUCAGUUUGUAUGCUCAUGGAUGUGUUUACAUGUUAUCUGUUAGAGCUAUAUAAUAAAAGCCUAGGUACCAUAUUCACCUGAAUAUUUUCUAUGCUACUUUUUAAACUUUUAUUUUAAAAUUUCCACUUGCACACCAACAUGAAUGCUGCCUUGAAAGUGAAGCAACUGUAUUGGUUUCAUGAAAUACUGAAGAGUCUGAAAGCUUUCUUUAAGAUCAGUAUGAAAUCCAGAUAUGGGGAAGUUGAAAAAUAGCUAUUGUAUGAAUGCUUGAUGUAUCCGUCAAACCCAAAUAUUUACAUCAUGUCUGGAUUCUUUCACUGGCAGUCUGUUUCUGAAGCUUAUUGGGGAGAUCAAAACUGCUUGAUCCCAUUAUUUUUGGCUGCUCUGUUCUUAUACAUAAAUUGGUUGAAUAUAUGGCUGUUUUGGCACAGUGUGACAGUCAUUUUGCCGUUAAUUUUGGAAACAUCAUUGGGUGAUGACCAUCCAAGCCAUACUCAAGAGUAGACCCCUUGAAAUUAGUGGACUUCAGGUACUGAAGUCAUGAAUUUCAGUGGCUCUGCUCUGAGUAUAUAACAUUGGUCAUCACCCCCUUGUGUUACUUAACUAAAGGUUCCUCUAUAUACUUGGAAGGAAUUCCUUUGAAUUCUGUGCAACUUCCUUCCAAAUAAGUAACAUUUGGUUAUUGAAACACCUACAAAAAUUGCUUCAUUGCGAUUAGUAUGAGGAUGAAAGGCUAGCCUACUUCAAAAGAAAGCCAUAAUUGUUCAUAUUCUCAUAUCCUCAAAAGAUGCUGUGUUAUUAGAAUUUGUGUGUGAUCACUAUGGAGAACAUGAUUAAUUCAGUGCCAAGUGCAGUGCUAUCAUGUGGACCAAAUGUGGAACAGAUGUUUGUAAGGUAAGUGGUUUGAAGAGUGGUUCUCUUUGUGGUAAUUAACAACACCAGCCCCAAAUUCCAAAGAAGAGGAUUGUCUUGGCACUGUCAAAAUCAUUCUGAAUCCAGUGGCAAACUCCAUUCACAAAGAACUACCAAAUGGCUGUAUUGCAAAGUGACCAUGUGUAUGAAUUGCAGCAUAUAUAAAACACACAUUUCUUGGGGCAUACAUUCAGUGCUGGUCAUGGCUAACAAAACUUUGGCACAAUACCAAGAUAAUUCUAUUUGUCAUUAACUUGUCUACAUUGUACACAGAGGGUUUUGGUUUUUUUUGCAAUCAUAGUUAACAGUUAUAAUUUUCAGUAUCUUCUAUACAGUUGUACCUUGGAAGUUGAACGGAAUCCGUUCCAGAAGUCUGUUCGACUUCCAGAAUGUUUGAAAAACAAAUCAUGGAAGCCCCAUCGGGCAUUCGGGUUCCGAAAGAACAUUAGCAAACCGGAACAAUCACUUCCGGGUUUGCAGCGUUCAGGAGCCAAAACAUCCAAUCCCAGGGCGUUCAGGAUCCAAGGUAUAUCUUUUUAUUUAGCUCAUAAGGAAAAAUGAGAGCUGAUUAUAGAAGCAGAACAUCGAUCCCCAUUCAUGUAUGUUAGAGGCACACAGGGUCUACUACUUUAAUUUGAAGACGGGGUUGUGUUUCUGGCAUAUAUGAUGUGGAACAGAUGUUUGUAAAUCUUCUAGACAAAGAGCAAUUUGUUUAUCCCACUUGAAUUGCCUUGCAAGAUGUAUGAAUAAGACCAUGGUGGUGGCUUCUCAAAAAUAAAACAUGAAUAAAAUGCACUGAUGUGCGUUCAAUGCUUCUGCUUCUCUGUGAUUAAUUUGGAGAAAAUGAAUGUUCUUCUGUUUUUGCAGUGGAAAAGCUGAUUUCUAAAACCUGAAAAUUAAGCAGAUACUCUUAGUUGCUGAAUAAUUUUAUUCUGCUGUUCAGUCAUUAGAAGGGGAAAGGAUGCCUGGUUCUUGGAAGCUCUGCCACUGACCACUGAAAUGCUUUUCAACUGCUUUUCUGGUUUCUGAAACUUAACUGGAAUUGCUCCCAUAUUUUCAAUCCAUAUUUUGGAGGAUUAGAAAUAUUUUAAUUAAGAUUCUCAUGAUGCUGAAUUCUGCACCCAGUACCAAAUUGGCACUUUUUAAAUUUUGCAAAAGCAGAAAGAAGUGGGUGUAAUUUAAUCACAUGACAAUUUCUGUGAUUGGGGAAUUUCCUAGAGUGAGAUUUAUCCCUGAAUGUGAACCUUGGGAUGCUUUAAAUUUCUGUUCCAAUUCUUUUUAGUUGUGUGUUGAAUUGCUUUGUUUUGUUGUACACUAGUUAUGUAGCUUUGUUAAACUUAAUUUAAUUUAAUUUGUUAAACUUAAUUGUGUACCAUCCAUUUAAGUAAACUUGAAGCACAACAUUGGCUUUUUAAAUUGAAGACUUUUAAGACUUAAUUGCUGAAUAAAUUAUUUUGCCAUUAGACUUUGGGAUGCAAAUGUAUAGUGAAACCAUGCCAAUUCAUUCUGCCUUGUGCUAUGUAACUAUAGCCAUGUCAUAGAGUUCACAUUCCUACUCCAUCAUUGAGGCAAUUGGAAAAGAAAGCUGUCUGUGGACAAACGCCAGCUCCCUUGGCCUGCAAGCGAGAUGAGCGCCUCAACCCCAUAGUCCUUUACCUUUUUACCUUACUUAAUGUGAUGUGAAUGUUUGCAAAGCCUUGCAACUUAAGGGGCAUUGUAAUGUAAUACAAUCAGAUGCUUAUGUCUGUUUCCUGAUGUGCUUAUUAUACUGAAAUGUGCUGUAGAUCUUUCUAGCAAAAUGAUAUAUUCUCCCAUUAUUUCAAAGUCUAGAUACUGCACUUGGCUUCUAAAAUCAGACAAUUAGUGCAGGAGAUUCUGUAGAAAGUACAAUUACUUUUUUUACUCGCCCUCUAUAUGUAAAUACUUGUUUCAUCCAAAUGUUCUCAGUGGCCAUACUACUUUCUCGACUAAACAUUAGUAUGUUUUUUUAGAGUUGAGUUUCCUCAUGAUUUUGUGGCAGUAGCAAAUUAUACAUAAAAUUCCUGGUUGCCUCUUCAAGGUCUUUUCUCCUUGCCCUCACCACACGAAACAGGAGGGAAACCAAUUGUGGACAAGAAAGGGGAGGCAGCAGAGACAAGGAUAUGACCUCCACAUGGGGCUUCUCUCUUCCCUUUGCAAAGCAGCAGCCAGGUAUUGUGGCUACAUACAAUUUUGCAUAUACACGCUGCAUCUGAAACAGAGCCCAAUAUUUCCACAGCUGUCUCAACAGACAUAUCAAGAGCCCAAUCCAGAAACACAUCACUUCUCAAUGUUGUUUAGAGAAUAAAAGGAACUACUGAGUUUUAGAUAUUAUUGAGGGCACAUUAGAAUUUUCUGGAUUUUUGAGAGAUGCAAAAACAUUAAGGGCGAUCUUGGAUUCUGCAAUGGUUUUUGGAGAUAAAUACACAGGGAUGUUCCCAGAGCCAUUUCUAUCAUCUGCCUGUUGCAAGCAUAAAACAGUUUACUGAAGUUGGCUUCCUUUUCCCCUUGACAUGUUUUGAGUGUCUAGUCCUAUUUAAUGGCCUGAAUAAUGCCCAAAUCUUAACAGCUUCCAUCAUAUGUUUGAUUUUUUUUUAAAAAAUGUUUUUUCUCAUGAGUCUUCACACUCAAAAAAAUAUAUCUUCAGCUUAUUCAUAGCAAAGUCUUGGAAUGUGGCUUCCAUAAGAGUAAAAUCAGAUUCCUAAUUACUGUGAGAGAAAGAAUUACAUCAAGAGGAAUAGUCUUCAACAUAAAGCCAAUGAAAAGUUAUUGGCAGGCAUCAAAAGAACCACAAAGUGACUUGCGUGUGUACACAGUGGGCUAUGCAUUCUUUCACAUACACCACCACUCAUGAAGGUUGGGACCUCAUGAAGGUUGGGAUCCGAUUUUAUAAGGCCUCUACAGUCAGAAAUAAAAAGCCAGCACAUAACUGAAAUGAAAUCCUUAUGUGCUAGCAUAUCAAGGAUGGGGAACCUCAGACCUGGGGGCAAUGCAGCCUUCCAGGCCUCAUAUCAGCUUUUCCUGAGGCCCCACAGCCUCCCAAACUGCGCCUUACUUUGCAUCCUCCUCAAUUGCUGUUCAGUACUGCUUGUUUGGUAAAUGGAGAACAAAGGAGUGGGAGAGUGUGAAGAAACCACAGAGGUAAAAACUGCAUUUGCUCUGCCCCCUUUUGCAUCUGACCAAUGGCAUGUGGCCCCUGGAAUGAUGUCCAGAAGGAAAUGUAACCCUCAAACUGGGAAAAAUUAUCUGCUCCUGGUGGAUACGAGGAUCCCUGAACUCUUGCAAUAAAAUUAUUGAUGUUUAUUUUCUCCACCUUGAGCUGCUUUGCAUGAAGGAACUAUGUGCUGCACUAGAUAAUGUGCACUAGAAAAUAUUCUCAAAAAUAUGGAAGACACAAGAUCUACCUACCAGGGAAGAAUGGCAGAUGAAGCUGAUGGACUAUAUGGAACUGGCGGAAAUGACUGGCAGAAUACGAGACCAGGGAGAAGAGUUGGUGGAAGAAGAUUGGAAAAAAUUUAAAGUAUAUUUACAAAAACAUUGCAAAAUUAAUGAAUGUUAGAAGGAUGCUGGAAUGAAGCUAUAUGGUUUUAGCAGAAAUGUAAUAAAGAAUUAAGUAAAAGCUGAUUGAUAAUGGGCUAAAAUGAAAAAAAUUAAGGUUAGACCGUUAAGAUAAAUUAUAGAACAAAAAUUGAGAAAGAUGGAAAGAAUUUGCUGAAAUAGUGAAUUGAACUAGAAUACAAAAAAGGGAGGUGUGAGGAGGUCGAUGAAACAAGUAAAUGAAAGGUAAAGAUAUGGAAUACUGGAUGUGUUUUAGUGUUUGUUUGUUUUUUUGCUGUAUUGUAUUGUUUUUUUUAUGUCUCUCUUUUUACUUAUUGUAAUGUAUGUUCUGUUAAUUUUUUUACUAUUUUCCUCUUCUCUUUUUUUUGGUAAUCUUUAAACUUUUAAUAAAUAUCAUUU